AUGGCCUUGGCUCGCGCCUCCCAGGGCCUAGUACCAUUCACGCGGGAAAUGCAGUUCCAAUUGGCGACCUUUCUAAAUAGGUUCGCCAGAUGGAGCCAAAAUCUGUCGGAGACAAGCGUCGAGCUAUGCGUGUUCUGCAGAAACAAUGACCAGCCUUACGAGUUUUAUACCGGACACAAGGUCAGGGACCAACAGGGCCGCGUGUCUUGCCCGGUCCUACGCCAGUUCACCUGCCCUGUCUGCAAGGCCACAGGGGACCAGGCACACACGAUCCGAUACUGUCCGGUGGUCGAGAACGGCCGCUUCAUGUCAAGCCUCUCCUCGCGGUCCAUCGAAUUCAGGCCCGAUUUCCAUGCCGGUGGAGAUGCCACCGCUCCCUCCAUUUCGAGAGCGCUGUUAAGGACUGUUCGCCCGGAGUCGUCGACUUGCCUCCCUCUCCAGUCUACAGCGCGACUGUCUUCGCAUUACCCCUCAAUCUUCCGUAUGAGUAAAUUUGAUCUACCCGGGAGCGGAACUUUAUCGGCUCCCUCACGAGCCGCGUUGUCGGGCUUCUGUGGUUCAGGCGAAUUGGACCCGGCACCCUUGCCAGCUCACUCAGAGUCUCUUGACAGCCUUAUACUUGCAUCCGGCUUGUCAGGAGCUAUCUGUCCUGACCAGCGGUCCCGACUUCGUCCCCUACCCUUUGCUGAGUCUGCUGAGGGUAGCGACAGCACGGUUGGGCGGAGAGCCAUCACUAGGUGUAGCAGGGUUGCUGCUGCAGCUUCGAGCACCGAGGCUGAUGGCCAGUUUCCGAUUGAAAAAGCCCAGUCCUGGCUGGCUUGGUGA